AUGGCAACUGAACAAGAGAUGCUCACAACGAAACAUGGAUCUUAUAUCAUUCGGGAACCGCGUCCGGGUGAUAUGGGCAUGAUUGUACACCAGAACGGUGCACUAUAUGCUGCGGAAUACGGCUGGGACAUGCAGUUUGAAGCGCUGGUUGCCCAGAUUGUUGCUGAGUUCGUCAAAAAUCAAGUGCCUGCCAGAGAGAAGUGCUGGAUUGCUGAGAAGGACGGCAAGGUCGUGGGCUCUGUAUUUGUGGUCAGCGAAGACGACGAGACCGCCAAGCUCCGUGUUCUGUAUGUGGAUGAAAGCGCCAGGGGAUUGGGAAUUGGCAAUCGGCUGGUGAGCGAGGCUGUAGAAUUCGCUCGCAAAGCCGGAUACAAGCGCAUGGUCCUGUGGACGAAUAGCGUGCUGACCGGCGCGCGCCGGAUUUACGACAGGGCCGGCUUUUCGCUGAUUCAAGAAGAGCAUCACCAUAGCUUUGGGAAAGACCUUGUUGGUCAGGUGCUGGCGCGUGACCUGUGA